UAAUGAAAAAUCUUAAAUCAAGGGUUCUCCAACCCACGAUUUAAGGCGUGACCAAGUCACCAGAUUCUCGGGUUUAAAAUCCGGGUAGUCAAAGUAUCAAACGUUCCGUGAAUUCGACGGCGGCCUCCCUCCUCCCCACACUCUCUAUCUCCGACGGUGCGGUGCGAAAUGGAGGGAAGUGGCGGCGAGGAGUUCUUGUUCUGCAACCUCUGCGGCACUAUGCUCUCCUUCGAUUCGGUCGAGUACGCUUCCUGCCCCCUGUGCAAGAGCCGCCGCAAUACCAGAGAAAUUGCAGGAAGGGAAAUUUGCUACACCAUCACCAACGAGAGGUUCAGAAGGAAUUUACAUCUUAAUCAGUCAAAGAAUAACGAUAGUGACAUGAAGAAGCUAGAGGUGAAUGAACCGUGUCCAAAAUGCGGGAACGACAAACUUGAAUACUAUGUUCGACAGUUGAGAUCAGCAGAUGAAGGGCAUACAGUAUUUUAUGAAUGCCCAAAGUGUCCGCACAAGCAUGUAGUGAAUACAUAGCUUCUCCCGGUAACUUAGCAACUAAGUUCGCAUUCUUCUUGCUGGUACCGCUUCAUUUUAAUCUGCUCAAGUGCUAGAAAGUGUACAUAAGAAGUUUAAAGGACGACAAACAGCAUCAAUGUAAUGCAUAUUGCAAGCAUUAAAAUUUAACAGCCUACUGCUUUUAUUA